GAGGCGGCUAUUUCAUGGGGAACACAACAUCGGCAGAGGUGCCUCGGAGGGCGCCUCAGAAACUCUCAAAGCCCCGAGCAGCAAGCCAUGGAGCUAUGCCGAGGCCGCGGAAUCUUACGGGGGCAGCUGCAUCCAGCAGCACUCGAAUAUCCGAAUCCUAUCUCGCAGCCUCGUUACCAUUCUCUUCAAGAGACUCGCAAAAUAUCACGGGUGGCAGCAAUGAAGCCUCGGAGCCUUACAUAGAGAGGCUCUACGAACCUUCUAGGCGGCUGUCUAGGCGAGAAUCUGACUACAUGCGGAGCCCAGUCCUGCCUGAAUCCCCCAUAUCAAACACAAGAUCGCACUCCUUGUAUUCAAAUUCAGGUGCAAGCAACCAGAUGCGCCGGGCCAGUUCUGUAAUGCACAGCGAUCCCGAGCGGCGACUGUCACGGACGCAGAGCUGGCAUGGAAAUCGUAUGGAAAGGGGAAGGUCAAUGCAGUCUGAGCUGUUACAGUUUUACGAGUCUCAGCAGCUGGCUCGAACAAGCUCCGAGUUCUUACAGGAGCUUCAAGCAGCCGCCAUGAGAAGCCAAUCCGAUGUGCAUCAGGACCGCCGAGCUUCUAGUGUUGCUUCUACCUCUCUUGCAAGGACUACUUCAGACUUAUCUUUCUACGCUCCGAUGCGACGGCGCUCCGUGAUUCAGACGCCCGGUGUAGCAACGAGACCAAGACGAGGUGACAUGCUCUCUGUUCCCGACAGAUCAAGUUCUCGAAAGAGCCAGCCGGUCUUUGGAGACGACCCGUUUACCUUCCAGUCUAGCUCCAAGGCGUCGAAACAUAUCUCCAUGCCUCCUAUAGGAUUUGCUCCACUGGAGCGAGCUGCCACCCCGCGCGAAUCAGACUACAAGCAGCUUGGAGGCAUGAAGUUUGGGUCUUUAAAAAUCAUGAACGGGUCUCCUCCUUCAAGCCCUCAAGAUAUAAUUAAGCAGCAGCGGCAACAAGAGCAUGAAUCAAGGCCAGGGCUAGAGUCAUCGUCAGCAAUAGUUUCCGAUGAUCUUGGUAUUGAGCUGAACAUGGCACGCCGCAAACAGCGUCACAGCGUCAUUGGUUCAGUAGCAGAGUCUCGUGCCUUGGCGUCAAUCUCUGGUUUCAAAGUGAACGAAAAGAGCUUACAGCCGUCAAGCAAAAAGGAAGAAACCCUAGAUGACUUGAUGCCUAGCCCGUUGUCAAAAGUUCCCAGUCCUCUACAGGGGUAUCUUAAUCGCGAGGUGAAUGACGGAGCCCUUGGCAAGGCAAGGGGGGCAGUAAACAGAACUAACAGCGGCUUUUACUCAAUAACUUCAUCUGAGUCUUCGCACCGGCCUUCCUUAAAGACGGAUAGUGGAUAUAGCUCCAAUGUAUCGGAGCGAUCCUUUUUGAGUUCGAGCAACGCCGAUGAUAAAGGCUCUACCCGGCCACUCCAAACACGGCGACGCACGCUGGAGCAACCGGCAACGGCUCCUAUCCUGACUGCAGAUGCAAUUAAAAAGCAUAGCAGGAUAUACAAGCCAUUCGUUCGAGAGGAAAGAAGCAGCGCCGCGACAAAGGACCUAGUCAGAGGAGCCACCGAAUCGGCCUCUGAAAUUGGGAGGUCAAGAGUGAAGCGUGGAGACAAGAGCUAUCGUUUGGCUUCCUCGACUUUCUCUCCGUCUCACAGAAUGGGUGCAAGCAGUGCAACUCUCAAUACAAUCAUGAGCGUGGACAAUUUAGCCCCCUCUGAUAACGUCGCCGUGUCUGGCCACAGCUUUCUUGAAGUUGGUGCCGGAAUGGGCGGAGAUGGGUCUUUGAAAAAGCGACGUUCACUACGCAGAGUUGCUGAAGCUGCAACGUCGAGAAUGUCGUCUCUUAACUUGAACCGUCGAAAGUCUGCCGCCGGGAAUCUGACUCCUUCAGCUACCGAAAAAAGGAAGCGAGCGACUUCACUAGCUAACGGGAAUAUAUCUGCAGCGGCCAGCGGCAAGUCGAUGCCAGCAGCUGUGACUUCACAAUCUCCCAAAUCUCCCAAAGUAUCUAACCGAGAUGUUAGAAACUCUGGUGUUAAAGGUCGAGCAUCCGCUCCAGAGCUUCGAGUUGCUAUACCGACUCCUCACGUUAACAGAAGCACUGACAAUCGUCCUGUUUAUGCAACUAUUCAAACGCCAUCGCCAAGGACCCCACGAUUUCGGGGAGUUAUGGACUCUGGCGUACCACCGCCUAUUCCACUGCAAUUCCGAGCACCAAAUUUCGAUACGCUUCCAGCACUCGCCAUUUCAAACGGCUCGCCCAACUGGCCCCUUACCCAGUCUCAAGGAUCCUGGGAUAGGACUCAACCACAUAUUGUACCCGUGGGAUACGCUACGCAGCGCAGUCCUGCUAGACACCGCGUGCAUGAGAGCCCAAUUUCUCCGAGGCACAGCCAGCCCACAGGGCAUCCUCACCCAACGUAUCGGGGCGUUCGAAUCUGAAUACGAUAUACGCUUGUUAUUAUUUUUAUCCCGUCAAGUCCAAUAUUCAGCUACUCAGCAACAACAUUCUUUAUCUACCAACCACAU